AUGAGUUCAUUCCCUUCACAAUCCAAAGAAUUUGGGUUUGACAAUGACUAUAAUAAUAAUCAUGUUAAUAACUAUGAUAAUGACCAAAAUGGCUAUGAAAAUAAUCAUGAAGAUGACUAUGAAA